AUGGCUGCCACUGCUCUUCUUCUGCCGUCGACGACACCGCACGACUACCACAGGAUUAUCUCGCCGUCGUUGCGCGUCAGUACAGACCCCCGGCUUCCUAUUCCAGUGGGCCUUUUGGCUUGUCAACGCGACCCUCUCCUGCGAGAAAUAGAGACCACGGUUGUAAACUGUGUAGUAUCGCAGCCGGCACUGCCACCAGCAGGAAAGAAAACGAAGAAGGCUGUUAUUGCGCCGACGUUACCAGAUGAUCCUAUAUUGGAAGUCGUUUUGCACGACACUGUAAUAUUCCCGGAAGGGGGAGGCCAGCCUACAGAUACUGGAAUCAUAACCACUCUGGAUGGUACGGUCUGGAGUGUCGUACAGUCCAAAAGACACGGAGGACACGCCGUUCACUAUGUUCACGUUCCGUACGGCAGCGUAGAUGCGGCCUUGAUUGCCUUUUCACCUGGUAGCAAAGUCACCGCUGCCCUCGAUCAAGCUGGAUAUAAUAGAAGAUAUGACCACAUGUCAAUGCAUACAUCUCAGCAUCUUCUUUCGGCGCUUCUGGAAACUCGCCUGAAUUUACCCACACUUUCUUGGUCUCUAACAAGUUAUCCUACUCCUUGUUAUGUCGAAGUUCCUCGAGGCAUGACGGUUGAAGAGAUCCAGUCCAUCCAGGACGAAGCUAAUAGAUUGGUAUUCGAGGGAAGAAACGUCCACAUUGAAGUCGAGGAGUUGGAGCCAGGGAAAGAGAUCGAAGUCCCGAAGCUCGAGAGCGGUCGUGCGGUAGGCAGGGGUCUGCCCGAUGACUACACUGGAGGAGUAAAACGAGUAGUUGUUAUAGAGGGUGUCGAUAAAAACCCUUGUUGUGGCACCCAUCUUCCUAGCAUCAAGAACCUCCAACUUUUCCUUCUACCUCACACCGACGCGCUAGCCCGCUCGUCCACUACUUCUGCGCGGUUAUAUUUCCUCUGUGGACUUCGCCUUAUUACUUAUUUAUCUUCGACACAUUCCCUCCUCGCGAGUACCGCGUCUAAUCUGAGCUGCGGUGCCCCGUUGGUCCCGGAACGUGUCAACCAAGUCAUCGAUGAACGGAAGAAGGCAGAGAAACGUGUCCAGGACGUAGAAAGCGAGUUGGCAGCUUUCAUCAGCCGAAAUUUAUAUCAAGAACUCUGUUCUGCCGAUGGCGAAAUGUUCGAAAAACAUAUCCAUCGCACUGACGAUUCUGGCAACGCUCUCGGGUUUCUGUCAAUGAUCAGCGUUGCGUUUUCGGACGCCCUGAAGGAGACGGUUGCUGUGCGGCGAUUUGUUCUCGUCUUUUCAUCAUCACCUUCUUCCCAGAGUAGUUCAAGUACUACUAUUGUGAUGGUCAUUGGCUCAGACGACAAAUUAGUGAAGGAGGUAGGGGACAACUUGAAGGCUAAGUUGGGAGUGAAGGGCGGCGGUAAAGGAUUAAAAUGGAGCGGUAAAUUUACAGGCGUAUGGAAAGACAAGGACAAUGCUGCUACAGAGGCUGCACUGGCUAAUAUAUAA